AUGAAAAAGAAUCACAAGGACGAGGAGAAGAACGACGCGAAGAAAACAGGGGAGGGGGCGAUGGACGAUGACCAGAGAGAUGACUUAGAGGAUAACUCCGACAAACAAAAUCUGAUAAUGGCCAUCAAACUGAUGGAGUCAGCCCACGAGCAAAGGUGCCACCGAGCUUCAAUCUCCAAAGAGGACCAAUCGGCGGCCACCAACACUCGUCUAGGCGCGGCAGGUAUGCCGACGCAGAGUGGCGCCGGGGCUCUCAGCUCUUCGAGAGGCGCGGGGCGUGGUGGCGGGAGCAGCAGCAGCAGUCGCGGUUCAGGCGAGAGCGGAAGUCGGCAGGGUGGUUCCCGCGCCCAGCGGCCCGGGAAGUCGAGUCGAGGUGCUGGAGGACGCGUAGCGGCUGCCAAUGGUGGGAAAAUCAGAGGAAAAAGCGGCGCGAUAUACGACAACUGGGAAGAGGCCGUGUUCUUCAACGACCAUCCCUCCGACGAGUCAGGGGACGACGAGGAGGCAAGAGCUUCGAAACAACAGGCCAGGAAGGUUCAGGCGGAUGAUGCACAAGCCCAAGCGCUGUCCAAUGGCGACGUGCCCAAGCAAAAGAAGACCGCGAAGGCCGGCAGCGCGCGUGUGCGAACUUUCCGGACUGACCCCGCGGACGGUGACGGGGCGACUGAACUGAUGAGCCUCAUGUGCAAGAGGCUCCAGAGGCAAGAUGACAGUGGGGGUGGGAGCGGCAGCGGCAGCGGCGGCCAGAACGCCGGUCUGGAUGCUCGCGUGCUCUCGUUAGAGACUUCGAGCGCGAAGAUCGUCGACCUUCUGGGCAAGAUUUCCAGUCGGAUGGAACAUUCACCACAGGCCACAUCACCGUGGGGUGCCGGUGGGUACCCUGUGAAUUGGGCACUGGGAGGGGGCUGGCAAGCAUCCGCACCCGGAGGGCCGUACGGACCCACGGCUGGUGCUGCUCCUUGGGUCCAAGCCGGACCAGCGCCGACUCCCUUGCCUUCGCACCCUCCGGGAGGGGUACAAGGGGCGCCGCCGGGAGGACAGCAAGGAGCGCCGGCUGGGCCGCUUCCAGGUUAUCACGUGGGGGCAGCGGGGGUGGCGGGGGCGGCGGGUGCGGUGGGGGCGGUGGGGGCAACGCCGGCUCCUUGGCCUGCGCACCCUCCCGGAGGGGUACAAGGAGCGCCGCCGCCGCCGCUGCCACCGCCGGGAGGACAGUAA